AUGAGUCAAGUGGAUGAUGUGUUUCAGAAGAAUUGUGUGGAUAACGAUUAUGGAUACGAUGCAUCUGUUGACUGCCUCUUGGAUUGUUUGAAAACCGUAUUGUUAGAAGUACGAGCUUAUGAAGGACGUCGAAUUGACAUGCCAUUGAGAAAGGACGACAAGACCGCGCGCAUAUUGGGACGUGGAGUCUUCGAUUCCACUGACAUAGUGACUUCGACCGAGUCUGUAUUCAGUCGUCGUUUCGAUCUAACUGUAGAUGUCUUCCGGAAUCUUGAUGGUGUUCGUUCGCACAACGCACCAGACUUGACUGUUUUGACUAGUAUCAGCAAACUAACGUGGCGCAUGACAUCAGACUUCUAUAUUUUGUUUCGUGGUGUGCUUGAGAAGAACUUUGGUGACACACUCAUUCCAAUCCCAGAGACCAUACCGAUGGAAAUUUUGCAAAGGCCAACCACGGGAUGUGAAGUGGGCUCCGAUUUCAAAUACGCUACCCUCUCGUUUCGUCUGCUUCUAAGUGAAGUGGAGCUAGACUGCCGGGUGAGUAAGAACUAUAAAAAAGAACUGGGGUUGUAGAA